UCGGCCAUCAAUUAAAUGCCGUUGCAAGACCUGGGAUAUCGCUUCGAUACAGACCUUCCACUGGAUAUGAAAUCAUAUCAACACCAACCACCAACCAACGUACCAGACUUGAUCGAUCACUCACUAUUCGUACUACGUGGUCCAUCCUUACCAAAGGCGCCUGUGAGGCUGUGGCUAGCGCUUGAUCCUUGGCCUGCCCUUAACGACCGAGAUAAACAGAGUGGCAGCAGCAUGCCCUCAAUUCUACAAUUGCAAUGACUCUCCUGCAAGCCUGCGCUGCCCAUGCACACAUUCAGCUUGUUUGCGCCUCACUCCCGAGUCUCAACGAUACCAGUAUCAUCCAUACAUUCGAUACCAGCGACUCCCCGUGCAGCAAUAGCACCAGAACCUUGUGGAACAUUCUCUUGAGCUGUGGCUUAACCCUUUUUGCAUGCACCUGGACUGCGAUCCAUACAAACAUUCCGGGUAUGGACGAGGGCAGAGUCGCCAUUACCUCUCGUCGUCUGUUCCUCAUGGUCGCGGCGUUGAUCGUCCCAGAACUCAUGAUCACCUGGGCCACGCGGCAGUUUUUCAGCGCUCGUGCUGCCGCAAAGGAAUUUAAUAAUGAAUUCGGUGCACAACGGACCCAGACCUACGACCGUGAUCGAGAUAUAUCAGAGGGCACAGCUACAUUGCUCAGUGACAUUAGUAGAGGUUCAAGCACUCCCAGACCUGCGGCAGAGUUUAAAGAAUGGACAAUGACCCAUGGGUUCUUCGCAUGGAUGGGUGGAUUUAUGCUCUACGUCGAUGGCAAGCCGCGAGCCACCCUUACCCCCGAUGAACUCCUGCAAUUUGUUCGUGACGGAUACGUGGACAUGCCACUUAUCUCGGAGGCAGAGAUAGAAGAUCGAAGUAAGGGCGAUGGAUUAUCGAAAGCAAUCGCCCUUCUUCAGCUGGCAUGGUUUGUCGUCCAGCUCGUCGCUCGCUACGGUCAGAACCUUCCAAAUACCCUGCUUGAAAUAGACACUCUAGCAGUAGCAGCUUUGACCUGCGUUGCAUAUGGCUUGUGGUGGAAGAAGCCCAAGGAUGUUGGAUGCCCUUAUAUUGUUCACUGGAAAGCAACAGGAACACCGAGACGCUUAACCUACAGGCACGCCAUCAUUUCUAUUGCCUGAGAUGGCUCUGAUUCCCCUGCAUUAUAGCGAGGCA